AGGGGAUGCAGAAGCCAGUGGAGCUCGGGAGCAUCUUUUAAGGCACUUUCUCCCCGCCCCAUCGCGGGGGCUGCAAGGAGGGGUCUCUUUCCCCUUCCCCCAGGCCUUCUCGGGGCAUUUUCCACCUGGAUCAAAGCGCUCUUGGGUUUCCUUUGAUUGUCUGGGGGUGGUUGGGUUUGGUUUUUUUUUUUCCCCCUUUGCUCCCCCUUGGAUUUCUUCUGGCUAGGAGGAGAGAGUCUCUACUGGGUGGGCUACCGGCUCGGUGGCCGGGAGACCCCGGGGGAGAGGCAGCCCAGCCCCGGGGCGACCCCCGCCCCCAAACUUUUGCAGCUGACCGCCGCCCCAGAAUGUAAAGGGGAAGGCUCCGAAGGACCCCCUCCUGGCCGUCCCCACGCUGGGCAGCUGGGCAGCUGGGCCCCGGCCGGGAGGAGAGGAGAGGAGAGGAGCAGGGAUGCGGAUCCGGGACUGGCUGCUGCGCCCACGCCGCUGCUGGCCCUCUCUGUUGCUGCACUGGGCGCUCCACCCGCUCUGGGGCUCCAUCCAGAUCACUCAUGGGGAACUCCAGAAAUCAUGUUCCAAGGCAGUAGUGGAAAAAGUUACCGAUAGCUGCCAGCAAAUCUGCCAGUGUAGACCUCCUCCUCCAUUACCUCCGCCUCCCCCUCCACCUCCACCUCCCAGGCUGCUCGCGUUGCCACCUCCCCAAACUACCUUUUGCCCUACUGAAGAAACCUGGUGGCCGGGCCUAGUUGUAAUCAUUGCAGUAUGCUGUGUCACACUAGUAUUCCUCAUUGUCAUUGUCAUCAUUUGCUACAAAGCAAUAAAAAGGAAACCACUGAGGAAAGAAGAGAAUGGGACGAGCGGAGCCGAAUAUGCAAUGACUUCUUCCCAGAACAGCAAAACCGUGGAUGUGACGAACGCAGUGGUCUAGUCCCCGUCACCCCCAGCCCGUGGCCACGUUAGACCUCCGACAGGCACAUGGGAAGAAAGGAAAUGAUGGCAGCCAUGCAGCCAUGGACUCCCAUUUUGGUAACCGGCAUCCACAGUACCGCGAGCAGGAGACAAAAGACCAACUGCUUUCCGGCCUCUCUGGCUGCCAGGCAGAGGAUAAGCCUGUCACACAGGGGCAACAUGGGGCAAAGAAAUGCCAGAAAGUUGUAAUUAAUCACUGCACGUGACAUCUGGGGAAAGAAAUGAUGUCACGCCACCUCCAGUUCCUUCUCUGUUGUUUUUCGGGUUCGAGCGGAAGGUUUCACUGGACAGCCGGUUCUACUCGCGUAGCAUCCUCCAACCAAGAAAGCAGGGACAGUCUCCCCUCGGUCCGUCCUCUUCAAGGGAAGCUUUCCUGGAGAACUCCAUCUGACCAAAAACUGCAGGUGUUCGCAAGCAAACCAGGAGAUCCAUCCACAGUCUGCUGACUAUGCAAUCUUCAAGAGCCGAGACCCUCCCAAACUGGUGAGCCGAGUCCAUGCAGGAGCAUUUGGUAGGACUGUGAGCAAUCUUAUUUUCAAAGGUGCUUCGAUUUACUUCCUUCACCCUUGGCCUCUCCUUUUCCUCUUCGAUUAAAGCCUAGGCCUCUUCCCCUUGCCCCACCAAGUCUGCAAUUGCUUUUCCUCCACGGCUUUCUGUGCUCUCGCGGGACUGUCUCCACACCACUUUGAGAAAAACGUGUCUUGUUUACAUUGCGGGUAGAGUCGGCGCUGGAGAAUAUUAAGAGAAGGACAUUGUCGGACCUGUGAGUCUUCGUUUCAUCCUUGAUUGGUUGCUGGGUGGGAGGUGGGGGAAAUAGGUCACACUGCAAGGCUUUCAGACUCCUCCUGUUCCUCCCCUCGGAGGCAUUUCUGCACCUGAGAGAAGACAUUGUCCUUUGCAUAGGGGCAAGUCAUUCGGAGUGAACUCAGUCUUCUGCCUUCAUCUCGCAGGGGCUGCCAAUUGUGCCAAAUUCCGUGUAAUAGCUUUGUGUCGAACCUGUGCGUGAUGUCAAUUUGCAGUCUCCUCAUCGCUAAGCUGAGUCAAUCGCACUCAUUUCACUUAGGACUUUGAAGUAGAAACUCUCCCCUCCAUCCCUCUUUCUAAGUCCCUCUCCCAAAAAAGGGCAGCAAAUGUUCGUCCCCCACAUUCCUCAUGCCGAGAUUCUUUCUUCCCCCCUUUUUUUUCCCCCGCUCUGUCUCGCAUUCUGGGUAUCUCCAUUAAUCUCCAAGCAGAACCAUCACUAAUGCAGACCAAGAGGGAGAUGGCGCCCCUGGCUUAAUGUGUUACCGUCCGACCUCUCCCCUCCAUCCCUCUUUCUAAGUCCCUCUCCGAAAAAAGGGCAGCAAAUGUUCGUCCCCCACAUUCCUCAUGCCGAGAUUCUUUCUUCCCCCUUUUUUUUCCCCUCUAUCUCGCAUUCUGGGUAUCUCCAUUAAUCACCAAGCAGAACCAUCACUAAUGCAGACCAAGAGGGAGAUGGCGCCCCUGGCUUAAUGUGGUACCGUCCGACCUCAUGUGUAUUCAGGGUCUGGAUCUUUGAGCCACUUCAUGUGGUAUUUACCGUAGGUUGAGGUGCUGAGGUCUCUCCCUUCCUCUAGGUUGGAUUUGCCUGCUGAUUUGAUGGGUGCAUCUCUACCUUCAUAGCCUCCCAGUGUGAAUGAGCAAUCUAAUCCCAUUGUUGGCUUGGCUGUCUAGUCUCGGUCCCACCUCUGAGGGAAUUGAACUGAGGUUAUUGAUUUCAGGAAACUCAGUCUUAACGGGGAUUAAGACUGUGAGCCCCAUGUGGGACAGGGACUGUGUCCAUGAUUAGUUUGUAUUUA